UUCGCAGGACACCCGGAGAGCCUCGCGAUCAUCCUGAAUCGACUUUCGACCCCCGGAACGUACGCACGCACGCGACCACCCUCGUGACGAGAUUUCAUUCAACAUGUUGUGGUGAUGAAGAACGAUCAACAUCAACGAUGACGAUGUUUGAUUUGAAACCGGGGAGGACGUGGUGGGUGUCUAAGAAAAAAUAAUAAACAACUGAAACAAUCACGAUGGCCCAAGAAGGUGGUUUAGAGUCGCGGUUUAACGGGACCGAAAACUCAUCGGAUUACGGCGAUGAUCGAUCAUCGUUGAUCGACGGUGCCAGUGGGUCGUUCAUGCUCUUCAGCGACGACAUCGAUCAGUACUUCAGCAAAAUCAACCUGACGAACGUUACGGACUUUUCGACGGUGUUCGUACAGCAACAGUUGAGCAAUUGCACGUUUUAUGCGAAUAACGUGACGAACUUGACGUCCUCGUGCGUGACGUCAACGACGACGAGCGGGACAAGUGAGAGCGAUCGUAACUAUUGGGCUCUGGUCCUGCUGAUCGUCCCGAUCUUGACCCUCUUCGGGAACGUGUUGGUGAUCUUGAGUGUCUACAGAGAACGGACUCUACAGACCGCCACCAACUAUUUUAUCGUUAGUCUCGCUUUGGCCGAUCUGCUUGUCGCCGUCGUGGUCAUGCCGUUUGCGGUUUAUGUUUUGGUGAAUGGUACUUGGGCCCUUCCUGGAUUCGUUUGUGACUUCUACAUCGCCAUGGACGUUACUUGCUCAACCUCCUCCAUAUUUAAUUUAGUGGCUAUUUCAAUAGAUAGAUACAUCGCAGUGACGCAGCCAAUCAAAUACGCGAAGCACAAAAAUAACCGUCGAAUUUGGCUGACGAUCGUUUUGGUGUGGGUGAUCUCGGCCGCCAUCGGAUCACCGAUCGUCCUCGGAUUGAACAACACUCCGGACCGGAUAUCCGACGCCUGUCUCUUUUUCAACACCGACUUCAUCCUCUUUUCCAGUUUGUCCUCUUUUUAUAUUCCGUGCAUCAUCAUGGUCUUCCUGUAUUAUAGCAUUUUUAAGGCUUUGAAGAACCGUGCGAUGCAACAGCGUGCGGUAAGAAAACCGCUCGCGAGCGAAAUUAAAGCCGGAUCUGUGAUAGAGAAUUUGGCGAGCACGAAGCGAUUGGCGGAAACGCACCUCGGCCCCGCCCCUAUCGAGGAACAGGCGACGAACACGGGGUCGGGCUCGGGGGAUGAAGAUGACGAAAUCGUUGACGCGGCCGACUGUCAAGUCAUUUCCAAUGACAAGAGCACCGAGUUCAUUUUGGCCACCGUAGUCGAGGAAGCUGCGGCCAUACACCACCAACACGAUACAACUCAACAAUACCAACAAAUAAUUUCCUCUGUUGUUGCCAGUUUGGCUACUCCGAAUAAUUUGGGAGACCCCAAUGGGAACAACGAUUCCGGGUACGCAAACAGCCAAGCGGACAGUUUUGCCCCAGAUAGUCCUCGCAACUUUUCUUCCAUUACUAGACACGUACAACAAACCAAGAAAAACGGGAUUUCUUUGGAUACAGAAAUGAGAACGGUGGCGACGAUCAAUUCGAGAAGUGAGAGCGUAAGGUCGAUCGGUUCGAAAAAAGAGAAAAAAGCAACAGCCGCGGCCCGAUUUACAAUUUACAAAGUAAACAAGGCGAGCAGGAAAAAACGAGAAAAAUCGUCGGCGAAAAAGGAGAGAAAAGCGACGAAAACGUUAGCGAUUGUCUUAGGUGUAUUCCUGAUCUGUUGGGUGCCAUUUUUCACCUGUAACAUCCUGGACGCGAUGUGCAGCAAACUGAAUUUCCCUUGUAAUCCGGGCGUGUCCGCUUUCCUUUUGACCACGUGGCUCGGCUACAUGAACAGUUUCGUCAAUCCAGUCAUUUACACGAUUUUCAAUCCGGAAUUCAGGAAGGCCUUCAAGAAACUGAUGUUUAUGACCCCAUAACCAUCAUAUUUCGUCAUCAACUUCCAAGGGUCGGUCACCUAAUUUAAUUAAUUUAUUAUCAAGGGACGAAUGCAGUGGCCAAAUUAGUUUUUUAAGAGUCUGUAUAGAAAAAUGUAUUAUUAUAUAAUGCUUUGCAACAGAAUCAGGAUGUUAUACCGAAUUUAUUAUGUAAUCUUAACUAACGUACAUAUCAGUGGACAUUUGCCCUACUUGGUUUUCUUCCUACUCGCGCCUAUAAUUUACCGCAUUUAAAAGUAUGUGCAGGGUGAGGUUUAAUUAAUCACCCUGUAUAAUUAACUAAAUCAAAACUAUGAUGCUGUUAAAGUACAAUAUCAAAUUUUAAUGUACCUAAUGUAUAAUAAUUUGUAAGAAAUUGUACAUAUACAUAUCAGUGUAUUAGUAGUAAAACGCGUUUUACAGGGUAAAUUAAUUUUCCAAAUGUAAAAAAAAAAAAAUAAAAUUUUGGGUAUGUUGCAUUUAGCUGCUAACAGGAAAACUUUCGUUCUAUGGAAGAAGGCUCUCUCGAGGUUUUCGUUUAAGAAAAUUCGGUUUUUAUUAAGUAAUUUAAAUAUAUAGGUUCUGGAAUUCUUAAGGGCAUAGAAUAGAUGUAUACAAGGUGUCCCAAAAUCAUAAACUUUCCAAAUAUAUACCACAGCUAUCCAAGAAUUCUAAAUAUUUUUUUUCUGAACAUAAUAAAU